CCCAUCCUCCAGCUAUGAAACUGUCGCCAACAUGCCCAGAUCCUCUGAAAAAUCAAAAUACUCUCAAUCGGAGAGUAAAGUGACUGCUAAAAGCGAACAAUCUGCAAGGCCGCAGCAAACUCCCCAUUUCAGUUCUCAAGGCGAGAACUCUGCUUCUGGCUGGGAUGAGAUGACCCACGCCAUGGUUGACCCCACCGAUUUGAGACUUGGUCUUCCUCCUCGCGAGAACCCUAUUUCAUUCACUGAUCCAAAUGGACUGAGAAACCGAGCAUGGUCUCAAUCCCAAUUGAAUCUUCCUCUCAGUGAGCCCUUGAGAAGCGGCAGCCAGUCGGCGGAAAGCUCUGAGAAUAGCUUCAUAAGUGACCCAUUUCAGAUGGGAAAUGCAGGUGGUGACCCGAUGCGCCAAAGUCAAGAGUUCAACGCGAGGUGUGCCAGAGCAGAUAGUGCAAUUCCGCGACGUCCCCUUCCGCCAUCUUCACAUAUCUUUCAAGCGGCAAGGCGCGGUGACUCUCAAUUCAGCACGCUCGCCCGCAGAGGAUCAGAUCAGGACUUUUCACCCCAGCCUCAUAGUCGGCGCAUCUCGAGCAGGGGAGGGACACCGCUAUCUCCCGUCAAAGAAGCAAGUGAGGCAGCUGAGCGCGACUCCCCUCGCAAGUAAAGUGAGCAAGCAACAAAACGGUGCUCAUCAAGAAGGAUUGAGGCGACAAGAAAUGAGGAAGGAGCAGAUGAGAACUUGAAGAAGGGAGCAAGGACACACUCAAAGAGCGAGAUGAAUAUGAGAUGAAAUAACAAAGAGAAUAGUUCCUGAAAUCAUUCAAAAGACUUUCCCCAAGACUCAUCUGUGACUCGAGGAAGUUAGAU